UAGCUGUAGUUGUUAUCGUGUAACACAAUGAUAGCUCGCAGGUCAGUUUUCAGUUAAUUAAUCAUUGUGUUUAUUUUAUCUGUUAUUGAUUUUGGUAGAUAAUCCUGAUAAUUCUUACAAAUGAUACGCAUUCUGUUUACAUGCGUAGGUCAUUGUUGGUAUUUACUACUCAAGCAAAAUUUCGUAACAUCGGAGUGUUUUAUCCAUUACGUUUUGGCCUAAAUGACUUUGUUUACUAUUAUUACCGAUCAGAUAUUGCGAAAUUCUCAAAAGAAAUUGAUUUGGUCAGCCUUAAUUACUUUAUUUUUGUUUUCGAUGGAAUUUUCAUUAAUUGGCCAGAAAUGUUAAUUACUUUGUUUACCUGUUCAGCAUAUUGUUGUUGUUUACAAUUUAUACAAAAUGAAUCACCGUUGAAUGUUUUAUCUAUUAGAUUUGACCCUAAUUAUUUUGUUUGUUUCGGUAACAGUCAUUUAUUUACGGAAAUACACAAUGGUGAUUGAUUCUACAUCUGUUGUUUACUAUUAUAUGGGUACUUAAUGGACGUUUUGAUUGACAUGUUUUUGAAAUGGCUUUGAAUAUUUUGAAAUACUUGUAAACAUGUUAUUGCGUUGUAAUUCGUGAAAAAGGUAUAAAUACUCAGAAUAUUAAGAGAAGAGAGAAGAAUGGGGAGAGGAGGACUGAGUAAAGAGAAGGGAGGACUGAGUUAAGAAUCAGGACGUUAGAAAUGUUUUACAAAAAUAGGGUCGGAUAAUAGGAAGAGAGAAGAAUGGGGAGAGGAGGACUGAGUCAAGAGAAGGGAGGACUGAGUUAAGAAUCAGGACGUUAGAAAUGUUUUACAAAAAUGGGAUCGGAUAAUAGCAGUUCGGAUCGGUUCAGAUCAGCUCGGUUAAGUUCGAUUUUUGGGCUCGGGUUUAAGAGCGGGUUAAAAAUAACUGUGGAAGUUUUAGAACUGACUAUUAUGUUAUAGAACUUUUGGACUUAAGAAUAAAAAUUAAUUAAAAGUUUGACGCGGGAAAAUACUAUUUAAAAAGCUGAUGUAUUUAUACCUGAAUUGACUGUUAGUAUAGUUGACGUCUGUAUAACCUUGUAAAUAAAACCGAGUGUGAAAAAAAACUGCUGACUUUCUCAGUCUAUGCAACCAGUGGUGGUGUUACAUGGAUCGUUUCUGGUGCACAUGUGACCAGGAUUUCAACAGAACAUUUUGAACGAACAAAAAAUUUGUCGCGGAUAUCACAACGGAAGUACUUAAAAGAAUACAGCUUGAAAACUACAUUUGGAAGUAUUGAAGCAUCAACUACAGAACAGAAAUUCAUACAAAAAAUAUAGAAUAAAAAUUUAACUGAUUUACUUGGAAAAUUAUUAGUACAUCAGUGACGGAUAAAACAACGAAAGACCUGAGCAAAAACGAAUCUGGUAUUCAUUUCAUGGCGAAAUAUUGUAGCAUCAGCAAUGCAUUUAAAGUUCGGAAGCGCAGAAUGCUAAUAAUAAAAAAGAAAACUGAUAAGAAAAAUGGAAAAAGACUAUUAUGACAAAUACGGUACUACUGUCGGAGCUGAACACCGAAUCGCGCAGAGAAAACAAGUCGUUUUAAAGACGUGCAACAGGGCCGUGCUACAGAAAAUAGCGACUGCAGGAACUCGAGUAAAUGUUUCUAAGGAGGACGGGAGAUAUAUAGAUUCCAGGAAUUCAUGUAAAGUAAUAUCUAAGGAAGGAAAGAAGUUGCAGAACUCCAGAAAUAAAAUGAGCGCUCAAAGUGUCCUAACAACGAAGGAUCUAGAACAGAAAGGAUGGCGUCUAGUUUUCCUAGCUAAUUCUUGCAACAAUCGAAAUGUGUAUGACGCUUGGGUUAAAGGUAAUGGUACAACCAAGGACAAACCGGCCUACCUGCAUCGCACUCAUGGUCCGCACUACCGUGACGACACAUUUGUCUCGGCCUGGACAAGAGAUAAUAAUCUGUUAGUCAAAUUUGCCUUUUAUGACCGAUACAGCGAAUUGGCUCGCGUAAUCUUCGAUGGAAGAAAAGCUAAUGCGAAUGAAUGGUUUCACCCUAAACGGGUCCUGGCUUCCACCUACUCCGACCUGACACGCAAUAGCAGAUAUGAUUAUUUCUCAAUAGCUGGACGUCGAACACUGAACGAUGAAAGACGUUUUUUCAUAAACCGUAAUUACGGUAAAUGUACCAAUGUUGCAGGACAUAUUGUCGUACUGGAUACGAAUGAUAAGGGAGGAUGCGAAUGGAAUCGUCAUCCGGUUUAUCCACAAUUUUUGUAUUCUAAGAUAAACUCCGUGACUGUCUGGGACCGUAGGCUGUUCGGUAGAGCCGAUUUCAUGGCAAUUUUUGUCAAAACUCGCCUCCAAGGAUAAUGAAUGAGUAAAUUAUAUCAAUUUCAUGACUUGACAGUUUUAUAAAAGUAUUCAGAUUUACAGAUUUAAAACAAAGAAAAAAACUAUAUCCGGUGGAAUAGUCAUGUGAUAAGUUUAGGAUUUGUUAAGAAUUUUAGUUUCGCUCGCCAAGAACAAGUUAAGGUCUUCACAACCAUGUUUUUCGAAGAAAAAAGUUAUCAUACAUGUAUUGAAAACCACGUGAUGAGCGUUGUGCUACUAUAAAGCGGUAGGACAAAUACACAGACUGGUCCCUUGCGAACUUUGAAAACUUUGAAGGGAAACCGCUAUAGAGCAGGGAAUCAGAUUAGAUACAAACUUCGGCUGGUGGUACUUUUAUCCUACCAUGAUAAGUUGACGUUAAGACUUCUAGUUUAGCUUUGUUUCGCGAACAAGAUCUGUCACAAACAGAAAAUUUAAGAUUCAGAUUUUUCUACUUUUCGCCAUAAAAAUUUAGUCGACAUGUUGACGUUUUCUUUAUUUUGGUCGCAUCAUAAACUUCAGCUUUGCAACUGUUUGAGAAAAUAUCUUAGCGCUUGAGGCUGAAAUAAGCUGUGAUAAUUUCUACUUUUCAUGCUAAGUUUUAGUUCGAGAAGUUGAAAUUUGCGCGACAAGUUUCGCUUAAAACUUCAAGUUUUCGAUUUAUUUGCAAUAAAAUUUACUGCUUCAUGCUUCGUUCAAGUUAUCGCGGGUCUAAAUGAUCGAAAUUCGUAUAAAUCGCUGCUAACACAUGCAUAAUAAUAUUAUACUAAUCCACAUACGUUACUGUAUUCAUUUUCUUAUUACAUUAUAUAUAACUUCAUAUAUACUCGUAGCUCGAACUCAUCGGCUUUCCGAACACAAUCAUACAUAAUAAUAUUAUACUAAUCAGCAUAUUUUACUGUAUUAAUUUGCUUACUAGUAUAAUAUUAUAAGCAAUUUCAUAUAUAACUGGAACUCAUCGGCUGUCCUAGCAACAUUCCUAUAAAAUGUACAUUUUCGAUGGCUGGACCUAUCUAUUGCUCCAACAAAUUUUGCUUGUACCAUCGAGUUCAAACGAACGAUUCGACUGUAAAUUUGUUUAAUAUCUUCAUAACUUCGACCAUAAAUCUUAAAAGGCAUGUGUCAUAUGAUUUUGUUAGUAUUUCGGAAGAGAAAGUAUGACUGUACAUAUUACUAAGCAAACGCAAUGUCCGCAACAGCAAUACUCGUACAUUUCCUUAUUAAAAUCGUCAUGUAUCUUAACUGAAAUUCCGUAUCGUUCUUACAGUUUAUAUUUAAAUAUAGUGUUCUAACAAAUCAUGAAAUGAGCCGUGCCAUGGGUGAACCAACAUAGUGGCUUUGCGACCAGCAUGGAUUCAGACCAGCGCAUGCGCAGUCUGGAUCCAUGCUGGUCGCAAACCCACUAUGUUGGUUUUCUCAUGGCACGGCUGAAAUGUACAUAUAGCCAUUCUCAUCCAUCAUAGGUUCGUCAAAAUACCGAGACGAAUCCCUGAACCACGGUAGACAUUAUGGUAUGCGAGAAUGUAUUUAACAUAAAGUGAGUGAAUUAGGUUUUAACAAGGUUUAAUAAUAUUGUCCGUGUUGCUUCACAUAGUUUUGUGUGUAUAACUGUUGUUGUUUUUUUGUGUUGUACAUCUGCAGAAUCCCGAGAAAAUGGUUGGUGCCAGAGCACAGUAAGGUGAGGUUACCAGUGUCUUCCGAGGUAUUCUACAGAUGUUGUAACAUGACAUGAAAUGAACACGCGUUAACGCUAUUCUAUCACAAAUGGUGUAAAAUACUAAAACAAAUUAAACAAAUUGAAUAUAUUGUUCACCAAAGUCUUUGCCGACAUUAGACAAUUCUUAACAACAACUUUGGUGCAUCAGUCUUGCAAUAUGUUUCCUGUGCUGGUUAAGAUAAUUCCACCCCCCUCCCCUCCCCUCCCACUCGUUCACUAGAUCUGGAUGCUAACAUGUCCCAGUGCAAUUAAAGUAUCCGAUCCACAAAUAGGUAAAAUUUCGAUGCCUGGUGACCCCAUGUUUUUUGGUAUCAUAUGAAAUAGUUGUGUUGCUGAACAAGAAUUAGUAAACAAGAUGAAACAAUAUGCACGAAUCACUACAGUCAUGUUUUGACUGCGAAAUGAUAAAUCUAACACUGUAAUAACUUAAUUUGUCACCUAAUUUAUUAUUUUCUUUUUUAGUAGAAAAUACACAUUCAAAUGAUACCAAAAUGAUAUGAGCUUACCAGGCAUUAAUAUUUGAUGUAACAAAACCAACAAACAAAAAGGUGAAGGUAUAUCAUAAAAGGGGUUUGAUCUGGGAUACUGCAUUUGGCGCGAGACGGGCAAGCGCCGUGUGUGAUCUAUAAAAUUCCAGAUCUCGCUGUACAUAUUAUUUUUGCUUAAAGAAAAACGUACAUAUCUAUGUAUUGAUUAUAUCUGAAUGUGUGUUUACGUCUGAAUUUGAAUUUGUUCUGUAAAUAUUUACAUAAUGCUUUACUACUAUGCAGAAGCCAUACUCUUGUUUUAGUGCAGUAGCUUUUGUUAGUUGAAGGGGAAGGCAACGUUAUUCUAAUGUUUAUUCUGUCGGCUAGACCUUCUUAAAUCACUUAAAAGCUCACAAUACCUUUUUAUAAUGUGGCUGACACAUGUUUUUGUUCUGAAUAUAAAGUAUCUCUAUUUCUUAUCAAAUCCUAUUUUUCGGAUAUAUUUACCAAAGUUCUGAAUAUUGAUUAACUUAAUAGAAAAUAUUAUUAAAUCCAUAAUUUAUGAUUACCUCCCUUUGUGAUUCAACUGUACAAGUUAAUUAUAAUAUUGAAAGUAGUAACGUUCUAACCAUAUAUUAUGCAUAACAUCAAUCUGAAUAGCUGCUUCAUUAUGUUUCAAACAUGAAAUCAAAAGCCUUAUGGGACUUUAAGGCAGUAAAGGAGUGCUCAAAAUCCGCAUAAAUUAGAAAAAUGCAUGUAUGUACAAAUAUUUGAUAUAACCGGAACUUAUUUGUGUACAUGGCAACUUAAAACAAAGACGCGAAUUUACUAGUUGGUCUUUAUUUUACCAGCAUUUGUUUAAUUUUUUCCAACAGGAACCAAGGAAAUUUUUACUUAUUGUUGCUUAAACUUAUGAAAAGAUUUCCAACCGUCAUAUCUUUUCAAAAAAAAGUAGUGAUCCAAUUUUCAGUGCUAUGAUCGACUGGACAAUGGCUUUCAUAUGAAGAUACAGUUGAAACUCAAUAUUUCGAACUCGCAUAUCUCAAAAUUACGGCUAUCUCGAAUACAUUUUUAAAAUCCCAUCCCUAAAACACUUACGUUUAAUAUCAUUUUAAGACGGUUUUCGGUUAUCCCCAAGUAAAGCAUUCGAUCCCUUGGAAUUUGAGAUACUAAGGUUCACCUGUAAUAGAAAUCGGCAAGUUAGAUAAGUAUGUAUUCAUUGAAUAUACUUACGCUGUUUCUUGAGUGUUUUAGAAAAUGUCGUUCAAAUUUGAAAGCAAAUUAAAACAUGGAAAGUGAGAAAUGAUAAAUUUUCAGCAUAUAAAAAUGCUGAUAAGUAGACACGUUUUACAUGUACCACUACAGUUGUUUAUUUAAGCAUUCCUUAUUGGAGAAAAAAUAUUAUGUACGUCUAUAGGCAUUUGUAGUUGUAUUUUACAUGUUUUAUGUUAACUAUUAUUAUGUUGAAAUUGCAUGUUUUUAGCAUGUGUGCAAAAUUAAAGGUUAUCCAAGUGAUUUUCUGUACUGAUAAGAUACUGCAUCAAUAAAAUCGUCAUCAUCGGCUUUUGCUUGAAAUAAAAUAUUGAAAAAUGUA